CAUACACAAUGAUGGGAAAUGAAGAUUCUGUGGGCAUUAUCCCUAAGGCAAUUCAACAUGUUUUCAAAGUUAUUUGUGAGAUUCCAGAGAGAGAAUUCUUGCUAAGGGUUUCUUACAUGGAAAUCUACAAUGAAACUAUUACGGAUUUGCUUUGUGAUAUCAGGAAAAAGAAGCCUCUGGGAAUUCGUGAGGAUGUUAAUAGAAAUACAUAUGUAGAAGAUCUGAUUGAAGAGGUGGUGGUUUCCCCAGAACAAGUUAUGCAAUGGAUUAGAAAAGGAGAAAAAAAUCGCCAUUAUGGAGAAACAAAAAUGAAUGAACACAGCAGCCGCUCUCACACUAUCUUCAGAAUGAUCAUUGAAAGCAGAGAACGAAGUGACCCUGCGAAUGCGAACUGUGAUGGAGCAGUGAUGGUAUCUCACUUGAACUUGGUAGAUCUGGCAGGCAGUGAAAGAGCUAGUCAAACAGGAUCUGAAGCCCCGGCCGGCACCAUCGCGGCACUCGCCACAGACGGGGGGGGUGUCGCGGGAGCGAGCCGGAACCAUUCGGCCAUCUCUCCCUCUCUACGCUUUCCCCGCUCCCCCCAUCUCUUGGCUAGUGGUACGCUCUGCCGCGGCGUCAGCCCUGCGCGGGCCAAUAGGAAGCGACCUGGGGAGAAGUUCAAACUCCGGUGGCGGUUGGGUCGCUGGGUUGUUCGCCGGGGUGCGGGCGAGGAGCGGGGAGAGCGGCUUCUCUUCCUCAGGCGGCGUGUGCCCUAA